AUGGCAGAAGCCGCCAACCAAAGGAGAGGUUCAAUGACCUCUGAAUCUCAUGAGUUUGACAGGCGAAAUCGACUGUCGGCAAGGAAGAUCACGUUGAGGAGCUCUGACGGCGAGACCUUCGAGGUCGACGAGAUUGUGGCCCUCAAGUCACAGACGAUCAAACACAUGCUCGAGGACGACUGUGCCGACAACGGUAUUCCCCUGCCCAAUGUCACCAGCAAGAUCUUGGCCAAGGUGAUCGAAUAUUGCAAGAAACACGUUGAGACUCUGAAAACUGACGAUCGAAACGGCAACAACAAGCUCAAGUCCUGGGACACCGAUUUUGUCAAGGUUGACCAGACGACUCUCUUCGAUCUAAUUCUAGUUGCGAACUAUUUGAACAUCAAAAGCUUGCUAGAUCUUACAUGCCAGACAGUUGCCGACAGAGAGGACCUAUCAUCGGGAAAGAUGAUUGACAGUGCUAAGGAGUGUGAGGGACUCUACUACUUUGAGGAGGCGAAUGAAGCCUUGAAGAUUCCUGAAUGGAGGGAAGCUGUAAUGGAGGAAAUGUGUGCUCUGGAAAAGAAUGGAACCUGGGACAUUAUGAAUUUGCCGAUAGGGAAGAAGCCAGUUGGUUGUAAAUGGGUCUUCUCAGUGAAAUAUUGA